AUGGGCCACGGCCGAUGUACUGCUGUUGUGCUGCUUUACUGCGCCGUAGUAUCUGUUUUUUUGGCGUCUUUAGUACUGGCGGGGGAUGACGGAUUGAGUACGGCAUCGAACAUGCCGCUGUUUGAGCAGGUUAUCGUACAGCCCUUUACAGUUAGUGUUAUAUCCGGGAGGUAUGGGGUGUUUAACGCAACCCUCGCCUUAAGGGCCUCACCGAUCUUUCCUGAACACAUACACGGGGAGUUAAUCCCCAUUGGUGAGCAGCGCAGGGGAAGUGCGGAGCAAUUGUCGCUGGAGCAUUUCAAAUACCCGCGCCCGAUGGAAGGGGAGAUGACGACGCCUGGAAUGCUGGAGGCACACCCAUCUCUGCUGAGGAUUGAUGUUCAGCUGCGGUUUUCAGGCUCAACCAGUGGGACUGUCACUGCUUGGGCUCUGCCAGCUGUCGUGGGAGUUCUUGAGCGGGGCCUGUCUCAAGUGGAGGAAACUGACGCAACUCCGACAGCCCAGGCAUCCUUCUUAUUUGUUUCCGAGUCGAAGAGCAUGUCACCUUCCACACUCAGUGAUGUUCCGUCGAUGGCACGCACAGCGACGGGGAGCAUCGCGUUGGAGGGAGGACGAUCCGGCAGUUUCACGUUCCGCUUCUUCUCAGAACACGAAUUCUCUCUUAAUUUGCAGCUCCGUACCGAAGACAAUACGGCGGAUCGCAUUUGGGUCUACGGCUACGUCCCCCCUGACAACACAUUGCUCUCACGUCCGGACAGGAACCAAAAGGCGUGGUGGCAGAACCGUGGUAUAUGGGUAUUUGCCAUCACAACCUUCAUAAUGCGUGCUGUUAUGGCAUAUUUCGAAACCAGACGCGCGGUGAAUUUGCGGAGGAAGCGGACUGCAGCGGCAGCCGUGGAAAAGAAAAAAAUCAAGUGA